CCGGUUGAGAGCACAAGGGGUGCCACGUAGAGCCCCGCUUGAGCCACGUAGCCCAUGGUGCGCUCUUGGUGGCCCUUCCUCUCAGGGGAUGGCGCCGACUGUGAUGUCGUAGAGGUGGAGUCGGCGCCGCCGCCUGCGCCGGGCUUCGAGCUCUUGGGCGCUCAGGCGCAGGAGCUACAAGUUGCCCUGGUCCGUGGCUUCCUAUCGCCGCAGGAGGUGCAGCAUGUGAUCGACAUGCAGGAGUUCUCUCUUAAGGAGAUCGACGACCGCGACGAUGAUUUGGUUUAUAAGCAUGAGGUUUGGAGGAUGGAGCACGAGCUGAAGGAGGCUUUGCCCCACAUCUACCAGCGCCUCAUGGACCACAGUAGGGCGCUUGAUGCGGAACUAUGGCAGCAGAUCGAGAUCGGCGAUCGGUUCUUCCCCGAGAUUGAGUACAUUGUUUAUGAUGUCUCCAGCCUGGGGGAAGCUGGCAAGAUCGAGCCGCACAGAGACAACCAAUCUCAGGUGACGGUGGUGGUCUUGCUGUCGCAGCGGAAAGAAUUUCAGGGCGGCGUCAAUCACUUUGAGCCGGGCUACGAGGGCGGCGCCAGCCGCCAAGCGAAGCUGAACUCAGGUGACGCAGUCUUCUUCUUUGGCGAUCAGUGCGAGCACUGGAUCACACCAGUUACUGCUGGGCGUCGGACCAUUCUGCAAAUGGAGCUGAGCCGGGGAUGGCACAGAAGCUUCCUGGAAUGCUGCUGCUAACGGCUGUCACGGCUGUCGUGGAUCUGCAUCAAGGGAUGUUCCACCUCGCGUUCGACGUUAGAUGAGUUCAGGCGUGCAGGGGAGCUGCAGGGUCAUAGCCGCUCUGCCAAAGCCCCGCUCCAAAGUCGAUCUACUCUGAAGACGCAUGAGGCCAAGACGCAUUUUCCUAGCUUAUUCAGCACAAGCUGCACAAGUGGCAGACAUUUGCGACCGACUUCGACGAUGGGCAUGCUAGACCUGCCCUAUUGAGCUAAAAUGGCCCUUUGGGGACAAAUUGAACUGCUGGGUUUUUGCAGCACCAGCAGGUGAACAAACCUGCAGGUGUUUGCACCCUCAGAUUUUGAGCCAAAAUGCAGGGCCCCCAAAGUCAUUGACGUUGAUACGGAUUCGGUCGAGACGACACCCAUCGCAAAUGUACGAUUGUCUCUACCAUCUACGCGCUGAACUGGAGUCGCCAGAUUCUGAGAAGCCCUGUACUUCGGUGAACGAACAGGCCA